AUGCCAACGGUCCUGCUGCCCGCCUCGGCGGCUGCAUUUGCGCCCCGGGGGGCUCCCAAUGUGGUGUUGGGUUCCAAGGUAGAGCCAUGGCUGACGGCAACCCUCAAAAGAGUCAACCGGGUGAAGAGGCCUUUGAACAAUGUGACGCAGCAUACCAAAUGCCUGACAGAGACGCUCUCUUUACCCAACGCUAUCUGGACCCUAUGCUCCCUGAUGUUCCCCAAGGCCCCCGACGCCGAGCUUCGCAAAGACGAGAACCCCCUGGUCGAGGCCAUCUUCAACUAUCAGAUGAUCCACAUGGAAGCCUAUGUUGUUCAUGUCGACAUGGUCUCGCAGAACGAAGUUGCUUUCAAACUGACUCCUGAGACGAUCGAGGCGUUGGUAGAGUUUCACAAAGAGGUCUACUCGGUGGACACGGCCGCGAGCACCUGGGACUGGCCCGACAAGGAAGCUCAGUUGAAGAAGCUGCAAGAGGAGUUCGUGCAGGCUGUCAACAAGUUCAUCUUUCGCACCCACGUCCAGGCUCUGGAGGGGCUGGAAGAGGAUGGCUCGGGUGAGUUGCUGUGUGGUCGAAGCGAAGAAGCCAAGGCUGCCAUCCUGAGUCUCUUUGUGCCUCUGCUUCCUCCUCCACCUGCUCCCCGGAUCGUGGACGUCCUUCGGCCCGCUCCUCUGCUGCCCAGUUCAACGGUGCCCGAGGACUGGUGGUCGACUUCGAUCCAGCCCCAGCCCCAGCCCGUGCCAGUGGAACCCUGGAAAGUUGUUCCGUCGAGCCCCAGUCCAGUUUCAACUGGCGAUACGAAUCCCAAUAUGUGGACCGGUCUUCCGCUGAACGAAGCUCAAUUGCCAUCUCCGGCGCCCUCGCUCAGCCAGCCCUACACUACGUCUGCCUACAACGCGCCCCAGGUCGACGGCGCUCCAACGACCAUGGCUGCCCUCGCGGCGCUUCCCCUACCGAGCAUGCUCGUUCAGCCCUGCAGUACUGCGGCGAAUAUGGCUGGGUUUGGUUGGGGGGACCGCUACCAGGACCUGGCAUUGUCUUACGGAACGACCAUGUAG